GCAAAGAUUUAAAUAGAAUAAUACUUUUAAGAUUAAAAAUAGAAAAAUAUCAAAAAAUUAACUCGACGCUUACAAAAGAAAUCAUCAUCCACUAAUUAAGAAAAGAGAGGAGUGAGCGGACUUGAAGAAAAAAGGUUUAAUAAAUAAAUAAAUAUAAGAGUUGCUAUUCCUAAUUGAUUUGAUCAUCAUGAUUGUAUAAAAAGUAAUGAUUUUGACUAAUGUAUCUAGAAAAGAAUAGGAUAGGAUAGGAUAUUCUUACAGAAUAAAAAAUAAUAUAAUCCCAGUCUUAUAAUUGAAGAUAAUAAAGGCAAUAAGAGGAAUAAAAUAAAAAGAAAACGUUAAACAAAAUUUAAAGAAAGGAUAAGAGUUCUGA